UGGGUCGUUGUCAGAGUGGACUGAGAACCGAGAGGAUUUACACACAACACACACCGAGAUCAGAGCCCACAGACACACACUCUGAACCUGGACUACAUUACCGACAUGGUGACGAUCAGACUCCCAGCGGCGCUCUUUGUGAUUUUUCUCCUCACACACUCUGCCUCAGGCUCCUAUCCCCGAGCACAGAAUGUCACUUGGAGAUCCACUAACUUCAAAACCAUUUUGACUUGGGAGCCCAAGCCCUCAGCGAAUUACUCCUACACCGUGGAGUUCUCUGCGAUUGGCAGGGACAAGGAGAGGAACCCUCACUGUAUCCGGUCCACAGCCACAAUGUGUGACCUGUCCGUGUUCCUCACUGACCUGUCCGUCUGCUACACGGCGGACGUCCUCUCCACCCCCCUGCUGGGGGAGCUCACUGAGCUCACAGAGUUCCCCAACACCGCCUCGUCUCGCUUCUGCCCCUCCAAAGAUACUGAAAUAGGCAGACCUGACUUCAAGCUGACAAAAGACAAAAAGAAGACCACUCUGUAUGUGUCCGACCCAAUCACCGCCCUCUUCAAAGAUGGCCACCAGCAGACCAUCAGGGACAUCUUCUCCGACCAGCUGCAGUAUAAAGUCACCUACCGGAGAAAUAAGAGCACUGGCAAGAAAGUGUUGUACUCUAAGAGCAAUGUGAUAGAGGUGAAGGAUCUGGACCAAGGGGAGAGCUACUGCUUCAACGUGCAGGCCUACAUCCCCAGCAGAGACACGGACAAACAGCUGGGGGAGAUGAGCCAGACGCAGUGCACCAAAGACGACAACCAGUCCAUCUUCGAAGUGUAUUCAAUCGGUGUGAUCGCUGGGCGGCCAUCUUCCUCAUCCUGCUGCUGAUACGGCUUCAUCAUCGCCAUCACUGUGGUCUGCAUCAAGCGUAGGAAAACGCUCUGCAGAAGAAAGAAGAAGUGCCACUCAACCGUGUAUAGAGACACACACACACACACACACACACAGGGCAGAUCUAAUCCAGAUUUCAUGUCAAACACUGGAAUCUAUCCUUUAGUUUCUAUGAAACUGCUUCUGAAUAUGUUGGACAUAUUUUAUUUCUUUUUCACUUGAUGCUGCCGAAAAAGAGACUUUAGAAACACUGUUUCAACACCUACUGUACAUUCGUCGUCCUGCUGAACUGUAAUAUUUCAUUCCUUGUUUUUAUAUCUGGUACUGCUGACUGU